AUGACGGAGAAGAGGGCUAGACGGCCGGAUGAGGCGCAGAGUGAGAAACCAGCCCGAGAGCGACACCGUGUGAAACGCCGCCGAGUCGACGAGGCCGCAGAUGAGCGGGAGGAAGCUAUACAGGACACUCCAGAGAAGAGUCCCAAGGAGAAGAGCAAAGAGAAGUCCCCAGGAAAAGCCGAAGAGAAGCCGAUAGAGGACACACCAGAGACAAGUACGCCGUCAAAAUCUCACAAGAAGAAAAAGAAGGACAAGGAGAAGAAUGCAGUCGCAAAGACACCGAAGUCGAACGAUGAGAAAGCAAUCGCGCGGCAAAGGGAACCAAAUGGCUGGCGAAUGUCUCCUACUACUGGUGGCCGUCUCCUAAAUCUAGAUCCUGUCUUUACCAAGGACGAAGAUCAUAUAAUUCUAAGUCUUGAGUCCGCCAUCCAGGUCUACUCGACGUCGACCUCGCAUGCCGUCCGUGGCCUUCGAUCUUGUGAUAACACACGUAUCUCUGGCUGUGUACUCUCUCCGAUCGACGAUGAGAUAGCAUACGUCUCUACCUCAGGCGGUGCAAUUGCCGAAUGGAACUGGACAACCGGAGAGACCCAGCGAACUAUGCAACUUGAAGGAUCAUAUUUGCUAUCUAUCAAGGUGGAACAGGGCCCUCAAAAGGAUGGCAAUGAAGAAGAGGAUGUGAAGGAUGUUGCUGUCUUUGCACUGGUCAUGCGAGAUGGGAAGCGUGAAAUAUCAAUCAACUCCUUCGAUAAGUCGGGAGAUCAGCCUCAGAAUGAUGGCCCAAAACAUCAUUCUGUUAUCCUGGAGACUUCUACCCAGAUAAACGACUUUAGACUCGCUGCGGGCGGAUCAGUGAUUAUUGCUAUAGCUGGAAGUUCUCUUAUCAUUGGACAUCAGGCUAAAGGUUCAGAGCGCGAACCGGAAUACACAUGGCGCGAAGUACAGUUACCCUUCACUACGACUAGCUUCGACAUACGUGAGCCCGAUAGGGAGUCUAGCACGAAAAAGGGCAACAAGAAACCCGUCGUUGAUCUUGUAGUGGGACAAAAUGAGGGAGCUAUUAUCAUGUACAGUGAUGUAUUGAAUACUCUCAAGGGGCUUGAGAACCGUCGGAUGGCGGAGCCAGGUGCCUCGUCACUGAAGUUCCAUUGGCAUCGCGGACCUGUCAAGACUGUUCGAUGGUCAAAAGAUGGAAAUUAUCUCAUCUCUGGUGGCCUCGAAACCGUCAUGGUCCUCUGGCAGCUUGAUACUGGGCGGAAGCAAUUCUUGCCCCACCUCACUUCUGCGAUAUGCAAUAUCGUUGUCUCUCCUAAGGGCAGUAGUUAUGCCAUUAAGCUUCAGGAUAACUCUGCCAUGGUCUUGACUACCUCUGAGCUUAAGCCGACUGCAAGCAUUAGUGGGCUACAGGUGCUCGAGGACUCCAGAGAACGCCAUCACAAACUGCCCUGCAGGCUUCCGGCGCUCGUACAUCCUAUACACAGUAACCAUCUCCUUAUCGCCGGUUCGACGGCAAUGGGAAGAGACGCAACCAACUCGUCUUAUAUUCAAACCUUCGACAUGCGCUCCAACCAACAAGUCUACCGUCAAGCUCUGACCCGUACCAAUGCCUCUGUCCUCAAUGUUGGUCCACAGGGAACUCAGUUAACUACCCCGGACAUCACGUUUGUUCAGGUAUCCCAUGAUGGCUCCUGGCUUGCCUCCAUCGAUGAAUGGCAGCAAUACCCGGAUGAUGUUAAGGCCUUAUACCCCGGUAUUGAGCAUCAAAGCCGCGAGCCGAAGCGGGAGGUGUGUCUUAAAUUCUGGCGCUGGAACGAACCCACUACGGAAUGGGAACUCGUGUCUCGCGUCAACUCACCGCAUACUUCGACUACCGGCGAAGCUCUGGCAGUCCUUGACCUUGCUGUGCAUCCGCAGGGCUAUAUGUUUGCCACCGUAGCUUCGGAUGGAAUGCUCAGAAUCUGGACACCGGACAGCAAAAGCACGAGGAAAAUGAACAGUCGUGGCGGAGGUACUAAUCAAGUGAAGUCCUGGCGAUGCUCGCAUGUUAUUCCUCUUGAAGAACCGAACGAUCAACCCUCUGCUUCACUAUGCUUUUCUGAAGACGGCUCUGCGUUGGCUGUGUGCUGGUCCACUGUCUCUCGUUGUGGGCUGGUUUACCUCCUCGACCCCGAAACAGGCCGCCUUCACCUCUCACGUCAAGGCCUCUACACGGACCCUGCUCAGGGUUGUGGAUUUAUCGACCGAUACUUGAUAAUUGUCUCUGACUCUGCCUUUGUCUGGGAUACUGUAUCUGACCGAGUUAUCUCCCGGAUUCCCUUGCGAAUCAAGAAAGCAAAGGACAACUUCCAAUCAUAUCUAGCAAUCAACCCUCGCAGCCGGACCUUUGCAACCUGCUUCUCUCGUCCUCCAGUAGACCAUUCGAAUCCAGUGUCGAAAAAGGGGAAAUCAGCGAGAAACCAACUCUGUGUCUUUAACGUUGAAUCAUCUUCUCCGAUCUUCCAGUCUUCAAUAGACAACACCCCGCUUGCCUUGUUACCUGACACAAAGACAGGUGAAUACAUAAUCAUCGAUUCAUCUGCGUCUAUCACUAGAAUGACAUCAGGCGUUGCAUCAGUUCUACCGGAUUCUGCAUUCGCUGAGUCCACAUUACCCCUCAAGAGCGGGCUGGAGGAUAUCUUUGGUUCAUACCGGAGGCUCCCCAAGGCUUCAACUGAGAAGCCAUCUGAAGAGCAGGAAACGGCUGGUGCAAUUGAGAAGAAGAAGAGCCUGGCUGAUGUAUUUGACAUUGCCCCAUCGUUUGCUCUGCCUAGUGUCGAUUCUCUGUUUAAAAGCGUUGUUAAUGUUUUUGCAAAGGGAUAA